AUACAUAGGUCAUAGUGGUAGAUGAAAGCUCGCAGUAAUUACUCCCCCCUCUCUGGUCUCUGCCCGGAGGUUGUGUGAGUGUGUGUGAGGAGGCACUCCUCUUUUUAAAGUCUCCUCCUGAGCUCCAUCAGCUCAGAAUCAGUCAGGAACUCUUCUUGGCUUCAUUGGGACUCUAUUGGUUUACUUGAUACGGAUACCGGGACUUUUUUUCAGUCAUGAUUCGGGUUUCUUCACCCGUGUUUGUGUCGUUGCUGCUGUGUGCGGCUGUAGCUGUGGUGAAGGCCAACUCUGGGGACAAUCCGGUAAGAAAUAAAAGAGAGUGGAUUAUCCCACCAAAGCGUCUGAAUGAAAAUGAAGACUACACUAAAGAGGAUUAUAUUGCCAAGAUUCGAUCAGAUUUUGAAAGUGACACAAAUAUUAUCUACUCCCUGGAAGGCAUUGGUGCAUCAGAGAAUCCCUUCCAUGUGUUUGUAGUCGAUCCUAAAACCGGAUUGAUUCGUGUGACCCAAGUGCUUGACAGGGAGCACAUCGAUACGUACAAUCUGUCAGGUGUUGCUAAGUUCAGCGAUGGCAGGGAGGCAGAGAAAAGAAUUGACAUACGGAUCAAGGUUGUGGAUGAGAAUGACAACUCUCCAGUGUUUGGUGUCAUCAACCCUGGGGAGGUGGAUGAGCUCAGCCCUGUAGGGACUUCAGUUAUGAAAGUCAUUGCAACUGAUGCUGAUGAACCAGGGAAUGAAAACUCUCAGAUCGCCUAUACCAUCGUUGAUCAGAAUCCACCUAAUGACAUGUUCUCCAUGACCAAGGAUGGAACCAUCUAUGUCAAACGUCCUGACCUGGACAGAGAGAAAGCAGAUCAGUACAUUCUGACGGUGAGAGGUCAAGACCGAAAUGGCAUGCCAGAGGGAAACACGGGAACUGGCACUGUUACCAUUAAUGUCCGAGAUGUGAAUGACAACCUUCCCACUCUGGAAAAAGAGAUGUAUGAGGGCAGCAUUGAGGAGAACACAGAGGGUGUGGAGGUGAUGAGAAUCAAAGCAGAGGACUUGGACCUGAAGGAUACAGACAACUGGGAUGCUGUGUUUGAUAUCGUCAAAGGCAACGAGGCUGGGUACUUCAGCAUCACAACAGACCCCAAGACCAAUGAGGGCAUCCUUAUGCUUGACAAGCCUGUGGAUUAUGAGAAUGUGAAGGACCUUGAACUAGGACUAGUUGUGAGGAACACGGCUCCACCAUAUGAUGGAUCUGGAGUAAAUGCUGGAACUGUUAUAGGUUUGGUAGGGGGACCAAGUGGUGCCAGCGGUGCAAGUGGGACCAAAUUUAAAACCUAUCCAAUCAAAAUCAAUGUGAAGAACCAGCCAGAAGGGCCGCAAUUUGACCCCAAAGUCAAAGCUAUUCACAUCUCAGAGGGAGGCGACUCCAUUAACAUUAAAGAUGUUAUUGCCCACUACCCUGCUAUAGACGGAGACACUGGAGAACCAGCUGAGAAUGUCAGGUAUGCCAAAGGUUCAGACCCUGGCAACUGGCUAAUCAUCGACCCAGAGACAGCUGAGAUCAAACUGAACAAGAUGCCUGACAGAGAAUCUCCACUCCUGGUCAAUGGGACAUACUUUGCUGAAGUACUCUGCAUUACAGAAGACAUGCCUGCUAAAACAGCCACCGGCACUGUAGCCAUCCAGGUGGAAGAUUUUAAUGAUCACUGCCCCACCCUGACCAGUAACAUCCAGACCGUGUGCACAACAGUUGAUGCUGUUAUUGUCAACGCUAAGGAUGAGGAUGCAUUCCCUAAUGGACCUCCUUUCCACUUUGACAUCAUACCAGAGGGCACUGAGGGCAAAUGGCAUGUGGAGCAUCUUAAUGACACUGCAGCUGUCUUGAGGUCCCAGGGGUCCGUGUGGCCUGGUUUCUAUGAGGUGGAAUUUCUGGUGAAGGACGGGCAGGGAAAGGCCUGUCCAGAACCACAAAAAGUGAAGGUCCAGGUCUGUACCUGUGAGGAUGGAGUGGUGUGUGGAAAACGAGGCGCCAACGGUAUAAUCAGCAAAGAAGCAGAGUUAGGACCUGCAGGCAUCGGACUCCUACUACUGGGCCUCCUGUUGUUACUACUCAUUCCUCUGUUGCUGCUUUUUUGCCAAUGUGGGGCGUCUGCGGGUUCCGCAGGGCGCUUUACUCAGAUGCCUUUUGAUGCCAAAUCACACCUCAUUAACUACCACACUGAGGGCCAGGGAGAGAACACGGCAGUGCCACUAAUGAACUUGCCAAUAAAGCUGGAUGAGGUUCCUUUGAAACCCGUGGGGGGCAUACCUAUAAAAGUUCCAGCAACAAACUACCACACUUCCAUUGACGUGAUCGAUAGAGCUGACUUUGACCGUUUUGAGCAAAUACGCGACUAUCGGAUCACAAGUGACUACUCUGGGUUUGUGAGCGGAGACGCAGGAGGAGGAGGUGGGGGAAUCUAUGAUGGCAUGUCUCUGCCAGACCACUUCCUGGGACAGUACUACACUCAGAAGGCAUCCAAUGGAAACGAGAACCUUGGAGUGAAGGAUGGUCUGUUGGUGUAUGAAUUUGAGGGCCAGGGAUCCUCUGUUGGUUCAGUGGGCUGCUGCAGCCUCCUGGAGUCUGACAACGACCUGCAGUUCCUCGAUGACCUCGGGCCAAAGUUCAAGACCCUGGCAGAGGUGUGUGGGGGCAAAAAGAUCCCAACUGAAGUCAAACAAAUGCUCACUCCUCUGCCCAGUGCCUCCAUCAAAACUCAAACCUCAGUAUCAAGUUUGACGACUGCCCAACAGCUGACCCCCCCAUCCAAGCUGCAGCCGACUGUCCCCAGAACAGAGCAGACUGUGGUCACGGAGACAUCUGAGUGUGCUAAGAUGGUGAAGGAAAGCACGGCCACAUUGAGAGAAGGAAUGACCACAGUGAAGCAAGGGAUGGCAAAUCAAGGCCAGAUGCUCCUUCUACAGCAACAGCAGCCUGUCUACUACACCACCACCCCUAUGCUACAGCCGAUGCACUACGUAGUCCAGCCACAAGUUCAAAACACCAUGGUGCUGGCUGAGGCACCAGCUACCAACCUGCAGGGCAUGGUUCUGGUUAAUGGCACCCAGACUGGACCCGCCCAUGGCAUGGUAGUUCAGGGGCAGACAGCGAUGUCCAGUGGACAAGGCCAGGGCCCUGGCAUGGUGCUGGUUGAGAGGAGUGGGGUCCAAGGUGGUGGUGCCAACCUGAUCCACGCUGGCAACCUUUCUGGCUCACAGACCAUGAUGGUCGUAGAGGGCAAGGUCCCAGCAGGAUCAAUGCAAGUGCUUUCGGGUAGCCAGACCCGCCUUGUGCAAGGGGGCACUCUACAGUCAGGAGGGCUUUCAGGAUCUCAGAGAGUGCUGGUGGUCGGAGGGCAAACAAGCAGUGGAGGGCAGCUGGUCCACGAGGCAGGAGGUCUGUCCCAGAAGAGCAAUGUCCUUGGCUCUAAAAGAGUCCUCCAUAGCCAGGACAACAUGUCCACUGGUUCUCAGAGUGGUGUGGUGGCUUCUUCUGCCACCACAGUGAGCACAGCCCCCACAUACCGCAAAGUGGUGGUACAAGAGACAAGAGAAAUUCACUGAAUGAUUGAUUGUCAGAAUAAAAGUGGGCCUUUUCAGUAAAGCCAAUAAGACUGUUCCUCUGGCCUUGUUCAAGUGGUGGUGGGAUGCUUGGGGGACUCAGUUAAUGCAAGACAGCUAAUGGAGAGAGGCAGGAUUCCUGCACUCUCCCCUUUAAAUUAGGACUGUUCAAUUAUGACAAAAAUCAUAAUCACAAUUAUUUUGGUCAAUAUUGAGAUCACAGUUAUUUAACAUAAUUACUCACUGACUUUGGAAACAUCAUGCAUUUAUUGAACUUUUUUUUAAAAAAAGAAAAAAAAGGAGAGAUCAUUACAUGGAACCAAGCAUCCUUAUGUCUAAACAAAGUUGCCUGAAAAUAUCUAAAUAAGUCAGUUUCUACCGCUGAACAUUUGACUGUUUGUUAAAUUCAGACACAUCUGCUCUGUGAGGAAGAGUGUCUGUCUGUCACUGCGCUUUGCGGCUGCUCCGACACACGCUGCAAUGGAUUUAUAACACAAGACAAAAGAAUCGUAAUUGAAAUUAAAAUUCGAUUAAUCACCCAGCCCUACUUUAAAUGUGACAAUGCAAUUCUGAAAUAAAGUUUGUCAAUUACAAAUGAACAGGUUCCCUUCAAACUACCUGUUCACUAUUUCAAACAGGGUGACAAUUGAUAUAAACAAUCAAAUGAAAUAAAAAUAAUAGCAAUGGUGAGACCUUCUUAACCUAUCUCAGCUAACCUAUCUAGUGACCCUGCCUGCUGUCUCUACUGCUGCAAUCUUGGCUUUAGCAUCAAGCACUGCAGCCAUCUCCAGAGAGACCCCCCCCCCCCCCCCCCCCCUUUCCCAUU